AUGGCAUCGUUUUUUAUAUCUUAUGUUGUGACAUCUGGAUGGACUGGUUUGUCGUCAGAGAACUUCCGUUUGGUUCCUCUUAUCUGGAAUUUUGUGAUGAAACUUUUCGGUAAGGAAGAUGACAAAGAAUUUGAGGUCCCUUCGACUCCAUUUUGCCAAGAGAUACCAAGUAUUCUCUUUUUUGGACUUCUUGGUACAACUUACUUCUUCCUUUCUCCGUUAAUACUGCCCUUCUUGUUGGUCUACUUUUGUCUUGGAUACGUCAUCUACCGCAACCAGCUUCUAAACGUAUAUGCGGCAAAGUAUGAAACUGGUGGAAAGUUCUGGCCAAUAGUACAUAACUCCACUAUCUUCUCUUUGGUUUUGAUGCACGUUAUUGCAAUCGGAAUAUUCGGGCUUAAAGAGCUUCCCUUGGCAUCUUCUUUAACAAUCCCACUUCUGAUUCUCACCUUCCUUUUCAGCAUUUACUGCCACAGACGUUUCUUAGCAAAUUUCAAAUCUUAUCCUACCGAGUGUUUGGUAAACAAAGACAAAGCAGACGCGAGAGAGCAGAACAUGUCUGAAUUCUAUGCGAAACUCGUUGUCGCUUAUCGAGACCCCGCUGUCUCGGAGUCGUGGUACGGACGGGGCAUCUCACCUGAAGAUCCUCCACUUCUCCGUUCAAAUCAAGGCUGA